AUGGACGACGCGUUUGCGACCGCAAAAUGGGCGAACCGAAUGCUGCGUCCCUUGACUUCAUUGCACCACCGCCUGGGAAAAUACCGCGAACUGCAAUCGAUCGACGCCGCUCAGAGACACCCUGGCAGAGUGAAUUCUGCAGCUAGUACUGGUGUGACGACUUCACAAGCGUCUACGACGAAGAGGCUGGCCGCCGGAAAUGGAAACGGACAACAGCAACAUGAAUCAGACCACGGCGAUGACCACGAUCCUUCGUGGAUUCCGGGAGAGUCGGACAAGCGGCGCGUCAAACACAAAUAUGUGGCGCGCGGCGAGCGGCUUGGAAGACGGGCGCGGGUCAGACCGGUUGUGUGCAGUCCGGAGGCUGUCAGGACUCUGCCGGGGGCGAUUGAGAUUGCGACACCGUUGAUUACGGGGAGGUCGACCUAUAUGGGUGGUAAACAGCGCGAGGAGGCGAGUGGCAGUGGUGGAAAUACGUCGGAGAUGGACCCUCAGUCUCCAACGGGUAAACAAGCAGCGAGAACGGGCAGAGCACCGCGGCAAUCUCGCUUUCCACGGCCGGAUACUCAGUGGAGAGCGUCGCUGGAUUCAGCCAAGGAUGCAAACUACGUGGACAUUGUCCAGCGACUUGACGUGUUGUUUCUCAAGUUUCUGGAGAAGACAAGUCUUCCAGAUUCUCAGAAUCCACGGUCCACCGGGACUUCGAGGUCGUUGUUAUUGACGGUGAUGCGUCGGUUACCGGAAUUUAUCGCAAAGGAACAGAGAUUACAAGAAGAACUUGAUGAUGAGGACGAUGUCGACAUGGUUGAUGUAUAUUUCACUGAAUUAGAGUCUGCUUAUGGCUCAACGGCAAAAGGAUGGCAGCCCUUGCGUGAAGCAGUCCGCUCACAGGGAAUUUUCCUGGUAUGCAAUAUGGUGCAGAAUAGUUGGAUUACUCCCUACACGGCGUCGACCUUGAUCAACAAAUGUAUCGACGCUAGAGAGAAUGAUGCAGUUGAAUCUCUACUUGCUGCGCAGCUGGGUAAGCUGGAGCAUUGUGAUUAUCCGGACUCGUUCGACCCUUGGCGAUCAGCCGGGUCUGUACGUGAUCCUAUCCGGCUGCUACAUAAAUAUUGGGUGCAGUCCCGAAACCAUGCAUAUAUUUACGCGCAACUGGAGCAGUUGCUCAGUCGAAGAGUUCUUCCAACAGAGUGGAUGGUUACCACACCUUGGAAGGCUUGUGUGGUCGCUGCAACCAAUUCUGUGUCCUGCGGGGACCGGGAGUUUGCAGUGGGAACUGAAUUAAUGGAAGCAGUUUUAAAGUCAGCAGCAGGGGUAUCGUGGACCUCGAAUAUCUCAGGGGUCUUUAGAACUUCUCGAAUUAUGCAUGCAGACUUCGAAGAAAAUAGCCAUAUACGAACGCCGCAGCCAAAUGGAGCAAGCUCUGAACAAGGCCGAUGCCCUGUAUAUAUACAUGACGCCCUGAGCAAUUUGGUCUCUAGUCUUGUUGUUGCGCUGUGCGGUAUGUGCUUUGUUCGCAUGGAGCAACAUACGAGUUUAGAAGAUGGCUCUUAUGCAAGAGUAGCAAAUAUGCUGAGCAGUCUAGCGCUUUCGACCGCGCGUGAACUUUCUUUAGGGCAAAUUUGUGAAGAAGACGACGAACCGACAGAAGCCCAGUUCCUUCGGAAAGGGUAUGUUCUUCUAGGAUAUUGUUUACUGAGGUGCAGGCAAGAUCCACAGUUCCAGGAUUGUGACGGCAAAGAAGCGAUUUUGGAUGAAAAUUGCGAGCCCUUUUUUGCAUUGCUAGAGGACAAACCGGAAAUCAUCAAGGAGCUUUCGGGCAUGGUGGGCCAGGUGGUCCGUUGUUGCGAGCGUGGUGAAGGGGCACAAUGUCGACGGGCGCGUAGGCUAUGCACACAGUUGUUGGGGGUUGAGCAGCUUGGACUGACCAAGCUGACCUUGUUUUUGGGCAAGAUUGCCGUGGAAGUUGCCUUGGACUUUGCCCAAUACAGCCAGGAUGCCGAAGACCAUGCCUACGCGGGCGACAUACAGGACACAGUGAGGGCGAUGAGAGCCCGUCUGAGCAGCGACGCGGCGUCGGACAUGAAGCACAGAUACAAAGACACCCCGAUGCAAUCCUUUAGAUGGGAAGAAGGCAUUGGCGAAUGGGUUGCCAAGACACCUUUGGAUCGAUCCAAAAGCGCAGCAGCUGUAUCCCGGGUUUUCGCACAGCCAAUAGUAGAAAUUGUCCGGGGUAACUCGCCGUCCAGCGACAGCGGAGAAGAAGUCGGUUCAGCAUCUUCUCCUAGCAGUUCCUUGAGCAUAGCUUCGACAGCGACGUCGCUGAGCCUGAAACGCACCAGAGUUGAUGAGGACGACGAGCCAUACUACCACCACAACAGCACAAAGCGGCCGCGCAGAGGUUCCACGAACAGGAGACACUCUGCCCGAAAAUCAGUUCAGGAGAAGACGAUUAACGAUACCGAAGAAGAAGAAGAAGACGACGAGGAAUCAGACGACGUCGACAGCUUAUCAAGUAGCAGUAGUGAGAGCGAAGAUGAGCUUUCCUAUGGGACCGGUCAUACAAGGCGGUUAUACAGUGAACCACGGAUGGCAAACAAGAACAUGGCCGUUCAAGCAUCGCGUCAAGUCAACGGGCUGGAUUUUGAAAUAGUCAUCUACAACAAUCACAGGGCGCCUAUUGCUGCGCCUUCUCCUCCAAGACCAAAACGGCGUGGACCUGGCCGGCCCCCUAAACAAGCCUCUCGACGAGUCUCCGUGCAAGCAGUUGUCCAGCCUCGACGGUCCCUGCAGCAUCCUCUUGUGAUUCCUUGUUCUGAAGAUGAGGAGAGCGAUGACGAAUUGAGCUUUCUCAAUUGA